AUGACACGAGUCUCGAAUUUAGCUCGGCUCUUUUGCGCGUUUGUUCUUGCGUCUCAAGUGCAUGCUGCUAAUCUUCCACUACCGUUGCAACCUGAUAAGAGACCUACAGUUCGUCCUUCUUCAAUUGUAGAUCCUAUCCCUACAACGUGUACUACAUCGACCGUCAGUAUAGUGUGUGGGAAAAACGUUUGUCAAAGUGCCUGGGCAACAGCUUUCACGUCCUCUAAUGCCUACGUGCAAUUAUUUUGUUCCUCAUUUACGUCCCCAGGACGCAGAAGCACCCUGUCAUUUGACAAAAAGGGGCCCGCAGGUGCAUGUACAAAAGGUCUUAGCAAUGCUGCAAUCCAAUCCUCCAUCUCAUCAGUCUGUUCUUGUUAUGCAGGCCCCGGAGUUCCAACCACAGCAUUCGUAACGAUUUGUCCUACAUGUCCACCUAUUCAAACCCAAACCGUCACAACAUCUGUACCCACUACCACCACUAUUGUUCGCACUGCCGAUGGAAUUAUCAAGACGGUGACCACUAUCAUAACACUAGUGGCCGAUCAGGUACUAUCAAAUCGCAUUACUACCACAACCACGCAAUUCAUAACGCGUUCAGAUCUCUCGGCACCGUGCACCACCACCACAAAUGUCCUCACUACAACCCUAGUAACAGCUAUCUACGACUACUUCACUUAUAUAACUACCACCUGUCAAGCAGGUCGUUAUCUAUGUGACACCACUCCUUGGCAAUCACCCAGAGCUACUACCGUUACAGUGUACACACCGUACUGCAAUCAAAUCUCCGAAAGAAUCAUUACAAUAACCAGUACCGUUACAGCCGGUCUUCCAUUCUUGCCUCCAUCGUCCGCAACAUGUGAACCAACGACUACAACAAUAACUUUAGUAAUCGAUCCGAUGCCAAUUGAACACACAACUACCGAGACGAUAACGGCUGGGAUGUGUACGGCUACGACAACAGAGACAAGCACUACUACUUGGGAUGAUAAUGGAUUUUGGCCCACACCUACUCCGUCGACUUUCUCGCCAAUUAUAAUUGAUGAUGGGGGUUUGACUUGGAGGGAAACUUUGGUAGCGCCAAGUCAGGCUACUGGCACGCAUGUUCCAGUAAGAGAAGAGGAAGAUUAA